AUGAGCCUCGGCGGGUCGGCGAGUUCUCUGGACCUGUCGCAGACGAUGACCCGGUCCCGGGACCUGGGCUCCCGAGGCUCUCUGUGUGACGAAGAGGCCGAUGACUGCGACAGCAUCAACGUCGUCGUCAGGUGGGUCACGUCGUCGUCAGGUGGGUCACGUCGUAGUCAGGUGGGUCACGUCGUAGUCAGGUGGAUCAACAUGGACGGCGUGAACGGUCAAGUGAUCCAGAAGCCCAAGAUGUUCACGUACAACGUCGUGUUUGAGAUGGAGGCCGUGCAAGCCGACAUUCUGGAGCACUCGGGCAUCACGCGCGUCUUGGACAUGGCGCUAGACGGCUUCUCAUGCACGGUCUUCUGCUACGGACAGACGGGCUCUGGCAAAACACACACUCUCACUGGACCUCCGCAUCUGUUCGACAAAGAGCCUGACUUGCUGUCGGAAGACCAUGGUCUCAUAUUUCGCUCCUUCGUGUAUCUCUUCAAUCAACUCGAAGCACGGCCGGAGCAAGAGUUCACCAUACAGGCAUCAUACCUCGAAAUUUACAACGAAAAGGUGAUAGACCUGCUCAACAUCGGGACGAACAACAAGCCACUGCAGGUCCGCUGGUCCAAGAAGCGUCGCGGUUUCUUCGUCGAGAAUCUCUUCAGCAUCGAGUGCUCCGAACUGGACGAUCUGCUCGCUGUGCUGGAAGAAGGUUUACGGAAUCGUGCUGUAGCCUCCCACAACAUGAACGAGUACAGCUCCCGUAGCCACACCAUCCUCACCGUCACCAUCAACUCCGAACAAAAGGCUGACGACGGCGUCUUCAUAACAAAGUCGGGCAAGGUGAACUUCGUCGACUUGGCGGGCUCUGAGAUGACAAAGAAGACGCUUUCUGAGGGCAAGACUCUCGAGGAGGCGAAUAACAUUAAUAAAAGCUUAAUGGUUCUUGGGACAUGCAUCUCUGCGCUGUCUGACCCACGUAAGCGCGACGGUCACAUCCCAUACNCUAAAUGUCUUUGUUACAUAGCGUGCGUGUCGCCGGCGCGAUCGAACAUCAGCGAGACAAUCAACACAUUGCGCUAUGCGGCGCGCGCCAAGCGAAUACGUACGAAGCCCAUCAUCAUAAUGGAGCCAAAAGAGAAGCUAAUCAUGAACCUGAGGAAGGACGUGCAGCUGCUGCAGGAGGAGAACCAACACCUGCGGCUGCUGCUCGACCUCGCCGCUAAAAAUGGUGAGAUGCCGCUCGGUGUAGAUGGAGUCCCCGUGGUGUACCCCAGCUCUGCCACCGCGGGGGGCGGCGCCCCGGGGCUUGAACCUGCCAGCGGGACCAAAGGCUCGCAAUCCCAGGCGCUGUCACGACGCGCCUCCUUCAAGCUGGAUAAGGAGAAACUGGAGCAGCUGGAGCCUGGCGAGCUGGUGGGGCUCGUGCAGCACUACAUGGAGGCUCACGAUGAGGCCAGGAAAGAGAUCAAAGAACUCGAGGAGCUGUCAACUCUGUUGGUCAGAGACCAGGAACUCGUCUCUAAAGAAAACGAGCGGCUGCUCAAGAAACUUGAGGACUUGUCGAGCUCCCCCAGGCGUAUCGCGCGACACCCUCCCCCAGUUUCUCAUCUGUUCCGAGUGUCACCAGCCAUCGAUAGCGCCAAGUUGCCCUAUAGAGCCCGUCUGGCGGGGGGCGGGCCUGGGGAGGGGGCGGCCCGAGGGGCCGAUGUCUGGGUCAACCCGCUCACUAUCAGCGACGACAAUAAGACGCCGUCUCGUGGAGAGAGCAGCGGAGGUCGCGGGGUGCCGGACGCCGUUAACAGAGAGCUGGAGAGGCGACGCAUCGGUAAGAGCCUGAACGAUCUGACGGUGAGCUCAGCUGGCAGCCGAGGCACUGGUGGUGCCGGCAGCAGCAGCGGCGGUAGCGGCGGUGGAAGCAGCCGCGGUAAAGGCGGUGGUAGUGGCGGGAGCGGCGGGAGCUUCAGGACUCGUGCCGCCAAGGAGCUCAGCCGCCGCCAGAGUGAAGACUUCGGCGCCGGCGACGAGAAGACGCCGCGCACGAAGACGCCGUCGGACGCGCGCAGGCGCGCGAAGGCUCGGUCGCAGUCUGUACCCCGCACGGGCUACGCUCGGGACCACGACUCCGGGGGGCGCCGCCGCCCACCCGUCGACCGCAGCAGACCGCCAAGGACCAACCGAAAAUAAGAACGCUGGUCGCUGGCUACACUCCUUCGUUUUAUUUGGCUAUUUCAAAUGCAAUUCUGUUUCUUUGUCUUUAUCCAUAAUUUUUUCAACCAUAAUGAAACACCCAACUACAAACAUAACUGAAACAGCAGGCAGAUUGAGUGACGCUACAUUUACUUGCCAUACUUUGAUAAAAAUUUUCUUUCUUAUGCUCUCACUACCUCUUCGUUUUCUCCUUUCGAACAUCAUAUUUUUAUGAUUUUCUAUUCUUUAGUAUUUUUUCUUCGCUUUAAC